AUGCCGGGUGUUCCAACAGGUCGGGCCUGCGACGCGUGUCGCAAGCAGAAGAAAAAGUGCGACGAGAAACAACCUGCAUGUGGACGAUGCCUUCGUCUGAAAGUGAGUUGUGUGGGGUCUGGUCAGAAACGAUUUCUGUUCAAAGAGCAACAAUUUCUCCCAAACUCCAAUCAAAGCGGCGAAAAGGCUCUCCUCUCGAGAUGGAGACCAACACAGAAAGAAAAAUAUUCCUUUGAAAUACCCCGGGCAUGUCCUGGCAACAGUAUGACAUUGUUGACUAAUUCGUUUGUCGGCGCCAUAAAACGAUCCACCGACCUCCGAUACAAUGUCUGGUGGUCGUUCGGCAUUUUCCUGGAAGAUGUACCCCGACGACUCGGGAGUAAUGAAGCCCUCGACCGUGCAGUUGAUGCGCUGACCACUGCCCACGCAAGCUUCUGCACCCGCCAACCAGUUCGGACUGAGGCGCUAGCCAAGUAUUCACAUGCUCUCAAAACCCUAAGAGUUUAUCUAGAUGACCCACUCCAGGCGAGUGCCUCCAAUACACUAUGUGCCGUGAUGAUACUUUUAAUCUGCCAAGCAUUCAUUGGAAAUCCCGCGCAAAUGGUAUCUGGACAUGCCCAAGGGGCCGCCAGCAUUCUGCACGCACGAAAGAACUUUGGGCCACGCGACGACUUUGAGCGUAAAUUAUUCCUCUCAUUACGGGGAAGCGUGUUAUUCGAGGGUUUAUACAACGAUGCUAUCGACCUCAGCCCCGAGGAGUGGGAUGCCUUAGUCGAGAAUGACUACGAUCAAAAUGAACCCGAAGGCCAAAUUUUGCGAUGCCUAGCACGGGCGCCAGUUUUAAUGAAACGCGGCAGACGAGCCAUACGUGAAGGCGAAGGUUUAACACCCUUAACAAUGGAAGUCCGACCAAUAUACGAGAAAUGCAAAUUGAUACUGGCCCAAUUGAAAGCACGAACAGUCGAACACGAAACGCCGGAGGUCAGCACCAUGACAGAAAACUUCGUGGCUAGGAUCUUGCGAGCACAUUAUCUCCGCACCCAUGGAAUCGGUCUCGCAAUCACAAUAAUUUUCAAUUGCAUCCUUCAGGCACUGGAUCCCAGUGACUACUCCUGUAUGAUAGAAUCAAGGUCUCUUGUUAAAGAGACGCUCGUACAUGCCCAGGAGUCCAAUGUGUACAGACCGGUUGGAGCAGGAUACGUAAUAAUGUGUCUGUCGGCGGCAUGGGCCGUUACUGCAGACCCCCAGCUGCGGCUAAUGGUGGAAGCCACAUUGAUUGACUACCAUGGUGAUUUUGUGACCCCCGAUGGUGUGAACGUAGCCCGUGAGCUGGAACGGGCGAGUGAGAACCUAUGGCUGGGAUCGACUGCUCGAAAACAUGCAAUUCCUAUCCCCUGA